CUCGUGAGAGAGAGACAGCGCGCGAGAGAGAGCGAGCGCGUGAGAGAGAGAGAGAGCGCGAGAGCGCGCGCGCGCACCCCGCACAGUAAAGUAACAGGAAACAUGAUGCAGCUCGGAUCCGCUACUUUCAGUCUUUCUGUGGUUCAGAGUUUUAAACAGAACAUCGCCCUUUAAAAUCCUUCUGAAGAAAAGCCUGAAGUUUGUGAUUUGUUUCUGGCGUGGAUUUUAAUCUUUGCAACCAUCUACUCCGGUAAUCUCUCUUCUUCUUGACAGACUUUCUGCGAAGUCUUGCUUACUGUCAAAAAACUAAGCAUAAGCCUUGGCACAUUAGAAGUUAAUAGUAAUAUUCACCAAGUACCCUGCGAUCUGAGAGCGAAGUGUGCCCAUGUGUUUGUGGCCGAGGUAGCAGUUGAGUUUCUGGAAUGAAAAGGUGGAUCAGACUGCUCAACCAGCGUAGGAUUUUGCUUUACCUCUUAUUGUCAAUAUUGGUAUUUUGUGUUCUAAUCAGAUAUGCAAAAAAUACCAAUGAUAAUGACAUUAUUAAGUCCACACAAGCUAAAAGGCCAAGAAAUACCCAGUGGUAUUUUACUGAAAAACAUGGAAUCAAUUGUUUGGAUAUUUAUGACAUGGACCCUGUUGCUUUGGGGAAGACUUUGGAGAUCAGAAGGAAACUCCCUCCCAUUCCAAGUGACAAAAGCAUCGUGAAUGCAACUUUAAAUUGUGGACAAUUCUUAGCAUCGAAGGGGUACACUGAUGUCCAGAUAUCCGAGGAAGAGCUCGAUUUCCCUCUUGCAUUCUCUCUGGUGGUGCACAAAGAUGCACACAUGGUGGAACGGCUUCUACGUGCCAUUUAUGCACCGCACAACAUCUACUGCAUCCACUCUGACCUGAAAUCAUCAUCAGAUUUCACAGAAGCAGUACAGGGCCUGGCACGCUGUCUUCCCAAUGUCUUCGUGGCUUCACGGUUAGAGGCAGUGCAGUAUGGGGGCAUGUCCCGCCUCCGUGCUGACCUCAACUGCCUUUCUGAUCUCCAACACUCCGAAGUCCGCUGGAAAUAUGCAAUCAACCUAUGUGGGCAGGAUUUCCCACUCCGUUCCAAUGUUGAGCUUGUAUCUGAGCUCAAGGCCCUAAAAGGUAUGAACAUGCUUGAGACGAUCCGUCCCAGUGAAUACAAAAAGCAGCGCUUCACUUUCCACUUUAAUCUGAAAGACGAGCAAUCACGUUAUUAUUUUGUCCCAGUCAAAACGACUCAGAAGAAAGAGCCUCCACCUCAUAACAUUGAGAUAUUUGUGGGCAGUGCAUACUUCGUUCUCUCCCGAGAGUUUGUGAACUUUGUGUACUGGAGUCCCCUGGUAAAAGACUUCCUAGCUUGGUCAGAGGACACGUAUUCACCUGACGAACAUUUCUGGGCCACUUUGACUCGCAUGCCAGGAGUUCCUGGUGAGAUCAAACGUUCUGACCCUGACAUUUCAGACUUGUUGAGCAAAACACGCCUGGUGAAGUGGCAGUACCUAGAGGGAAAUCUUUAUCCAGCGUGCACUGGGCUUCAUGUACACAGUGUGUGCAUUUACGGUGCUGCAGAGCUCCGGUGGCUCCUCAACGAUGGACACUGGUUUGCCAAUAAGUUUGAUUUAACUGUAGAUCCUGUGAUCAUUGAAUGUCUAGAAAGGAACUUGACUAAAAGAACGAAAGCAAAUUGGAAAUUUUCUCAUUGACUAUUCUUUAUGUCAUUACAAAAACAGGUGCUCUUGUGCACUAUUAGUUCUUAUUGAGACAAAGUACUUUAAAGGUGAAUAUUUGUUUCAAGAUUUAUUUAUUUAAUAAAGGGAUAUUCUGCUGUGUCUUUAUGAACUUGUUAGGAGUCACGAAAAUGUGGUUAGUAUUGCAACUGCUUGGACUGUUUUCAGACAAGUCCUGUACAUUCAGUUAUAUAUACACAUAUUAAUUCAGUUUAUUCAUAGUUUAUUUAUGUAUUAACUCUUUAGGGCAAUUACAGUUAAGUUAAUAUAAACUCACAAUACUACAGUAUAUAUUAAAAUGUCAGAUGUAUGAUUCAUUAAGGUUGCCUUUCCAACUUGACCGUGUUGUAUAAUUUGUUUCAUAUGGCUUUGAAAGAAAGUGAAAUCUGAGAAUAAAAUUUCAUGUCUAUCCAGUGCUGGAAAAGACUGAAAUUAUGUCCGCCAACAUGCGAAUUAGCUGUUCCUCUCGCGCAGGCUCAUACAGUAUGCUAAAAAGUCGCUUGAGUCGGUUGAGUAUGGGUAGUCCUUACUGAGUGUGAAGAAAGUUUUCAGCACAAUGUGCAAAUUGUCUGCUGUAGUAUUUAUUCUGGUAAGUAUAUUUAAAGUAAAAAAAUAAUGUUAUGCAUCCUGGUGCUUAGUAUUGAAGGAUUAAACAUUACUGGAUAUACACGGGAUUUAUAAAAUGGGUAAAAUUAUGCUACUUAGCCAAAAACUGAGACACUACAAAAAUUUGUAAUACUUCCCCAUCCCUCCAAGUCAACCAUAGGAGGAAAGGGGAGCAUGUGAGAAAAAUACAAAGAUCUUCCAACACUGUAUAUACAUGGAAGGAGUCAUCUCAACUCUCAACAGGGACAUGAGAACAUAUAAUUAACUUUAGUGAAAUUAUAAUUAGGAUUAUUACAGUGUAAAUCUAUCUGAACUUCACAUAUAAAUAGCUUUAUUCAUUUCCAGUUUUUAGUCUUUGAGAACACACCGCUUUGAAAAUAAAAAAGGAAGGUUAUUGAAAGAAUGUUGCCUAAAAAUUAUAAGCAGUACUUAGGAGAUAUUAGACUUUUGUAUAUGGAUAUGAAGUUUAAGAUUACAUGUAAGCCGUUUUUUGUAGCACUGGGGAUUUUCUACAGCUCUUUCUCAAUGCUGUGGUCUUGGUUGUGGCCUAUUUUUCUGACUUUUUUGCCAGCGUUUCUGUACACACACUGUUUUAUGGGUAAUGACGUAUCUGGGAUUGGUUUAGCUUCAUAUUACAUUUUUCAGGGCCCACAGAGAUUAUAUGCCUAUAGAAACACAUGGUCAUAAUUGGAAUCUGUUUAGGACUGAGCAGUAUCCUCUCUCCCUUUUUUUGAGAUAUAAUGUGUGAUAUGUUAGGGUUUUGUUACGUUUUCUUUCUAAAUAUUAUGUAUGGUAGGAGUGAUUACAAUUCAUUAACCCUUGUGAAGCUUUCGCUUUUUGCCUCCAGUGGGUCAAAUUGACCUAGGACAUUCCUUGUCAUUCCUAAAGCUUUAAAAGAAUAUAGACAUCCAACUGUUGUACUUACAGUUUAUAUAUGCCCUGUUAUC